AUGGCUCCUCAACCCUCCUUCCUCUACGCCGCCGUCCCCCUCCUCCUCAUCCUCCUCCUUCUCUCACCUCCCACUCAAUCCACCCAGCCGCCGGCCCUCACUCUGACCAUGGUCAACAACUGCCCCUUCACCGUCUACCCAGCCAUCCAGCCCUCCGCCGGCUUCCCCAUCCUCGAAAAGGGCGGCUUCCCCCUCACCACCCUCACCCACCGCUCCUUCCCCGCCCCGGCCCAACACUGGGCGGGCCGGAUCUGGGCCCGCACCCACUGCACCCACAACGGCAACACCUUCCGCUGCGCCACCGGCGACUGCGGCGGCCGCCUCCAGUGCGACGGCCUCGGCGGUGCCACCCCGGCCACCUUGGUCCAGCUCACCCUCCACCACGGCCACAGCGACCUCUCCUCCUACGGCGUCUCCCUCGUCGACGGCUUCAACGUCCCCCUCACCGUCACCCCGCACGAGGGCCGGGGCCACUGCCCCGUCGUCGGCUGCAAGGCCGACCUCCUCCAGAGCUGCCCGGACAAGCUCAAGGUUAGAUCUCACGGCGGCGGCGCGGUGGUGGGGUGCAGGAGCGGGUGCGAGGCGUUUGGGACGGACGAGCUGUGCUGCAGGAACCACUACAACAGCCCCGCCACGUGUCGCGCCUCCAGCUUCUCCGAGUUCUUCAAGCACGCCUGCCCGGCCACGUUCACUUACGCGCACGACACGCCCUCGCUCAUGCACGACUGCUCUUCUCCACGCGAGCUUAAAGUCAUCUUCUGCCACUGA